AUGGCCACCCUCCCAACCCUCACCGAAAACACCUUCACCCACAGCGGCGACAAACACACCUUCUACUGGUCGGCCGGACCCGCCUCCGGCCCCCUCGUCAUCUUCAUCCACGGCUGGCCCGCCAACGGCGAGACAUGGAAGCCCCAACUCCUCGCCCUCGCCGCCCUCGGCUUCCACACCAUCGCCCCAGACACGCGGGGCUACGGGCGAUCCAGCGCGCCGGACCCCUCCCCGCGCUCCUACGCGCUCGCCGAGCACGUGUCCGACAUGCGAGCGCUGCUCGCGCACCUCGAGCGGCCGCGCGCGCUCUGGAUCGGGCACGACUGGGGCGCGGGCCUGGUGUGGGGCUUCGCGGCGCAGCACCCGGAGCUGGUGGCGGGCGUGUGCUGCCUGGCGGUGCCGUACCGGUGCGUCGAGAACGGCGGGCUGGCGGCGCUGGUGGCGCUGUCGAACCGCGACAUCUACCCCGCCGACCGCUACCCGCUCGCGCAGUGGGACUACCAGGCCUUCCACGUCGAGCAGCCCGCGCGCAGCGCCGCGCAGCUCGACGCCGACGUCGCGAACGCGCUCAAGCUGUUCUACGCGCCCGGCAAGCCCGAGGCCUACGGCAAGCCUGCGUUUUCGGCCCAGAUGCGCAGGAAUGGCGGGUGGUUUGGCGACAGGGACAGCGCGCCCGAGACGGCGCUGGAGGCGUCGCUGUUCGCGCGGUACGAGCGCGGCUUGUUCGAGCGGAUGGUGGCCGAGUUUGAGAGGAACGGGUUCGCGGGCCCGAAUGCGUAUUAUCUCAAUCACGAGGUCAAUUUGGAGUACUGUAAGGACGUCCCGAAUGGCGGGGUGCUGCAUUUCCCCGUCCUGUUCGUCGAGGCGAAGUGGGAUUCCAUCUGCGCCACCUCGCUGUCCCGCCUGGCGGAGCCGAUGAGGGAGUAUUGCAGAGAUCUGACCGAGGUCAGCAUCGAGGCCGGCCAUUGGGUCGCGCUGGAGAAGCCGGAGGAGACGAAUGCGGCCAUUGUGAGGUGGAUUGCGACCAAGUUGCCGCAUUACUUCCCGGGCUAUUGGAAGACACCGUUUGUAUCUAGUAGCCUGUGA